CGAAGCAGGACCUCCGUUCCGCGGUUAUCCUCGAGACCGACACCGACUUACUUCGCCGAAGUAACGACGAGACCGUUCGCCGAUCCGUUUCGUUAUUCGUUGGAAACCGAUCGAAAUCGCGCGCUAGUCGAUCUCGAGGAUCGAUCGACGGCGAAGAGCAGUGAGUCGUAUCGUUCGACGAUCGAGGGAAUCGCGCGGUCGGGUCGUGAACCGUGGAAAACGGAUUUUAAGCGGACACUCUCGUAUCCUGGUCGGAUAUCGAGUAGAACCGAUUCGUUCAGUGAUCGAUGUGCACCACCGAGCCGAAGGAAUCGCGUGGGACGUAGAGCCGUAGUCGAUCGUUGCUUCCACGAGAUAUCGAGGAUAAGAAGAGGAAAGAGGACGAAGAAGAUGCUUCCUGGACGAGGAUUAAUCGUCGUCGUCUUUGGCGUCUGCUUGAUCGGCGCUCUUCUCCAGGUGAGCGAGGCCAGGCCCCGCAUCAGGCACCAGAAAGAUGGCACUCACUGCAGCAGAUGCGGUCCAGGCUGGGGUGUGGUGAAUCGCUGUAUCCGUGGCCGCGACACCGAGUGCGGAAAGUGUUCCGCGGGCACCUACAGCCCUCACCAUAGCACCCACCCCUGCUGGAUCUGUUCGAGAUGUGGUCCAGGACUCUACGAAGCGCACCCAUGCACCUCCAAGACCGACACUGUCUGCGACUCUUGUCACAGGCCGGCACCGGACAACCCAGACUACCACAGAAAGUGCAACGGAAGGACAAACCUCUUCCUCGCACCGGAAGACGCUCAGGGAACCGGCGAGGAGAGCGCUUUGGUGAACGAACCCGAUGGCCAGGAGCAGUUAUUCGACGGUGAAGAGAUCCUCGAGGAGGACGCCGAGGCGGCGAUCGUCACCAAGGAGCUGAACUCUCUGGAAAGGCUCUAAACAAGACGAUUUUCCAUCCUGGUGGAAGGCAGGUCUAACCAGAGAGUUUGGAAUGUGUUUAGAUUCUUCAAAAGGCUGCGUAGGAUAUUUUUGGAAGGUACAUCCCGGACAGUGUGGGGAAUCGUGAGGAUUCGAAAUGCAGAGUGGAGAUACAGAAUUCUUCAGGGAUUCGAUGGAAAUACUCGCGUCUCAAGUUCCAACGUAAGCAGAAUCAUCGUAGCUUGGAAUGAUCCUGAAGUCUUUCAAAGCUUGCACUAAGUAUCUUUCGAAAUGAACACUCCUAAGUAGAAGACUUGAGAUCUUUUAACAGUUUCCAAAAGUAUAUUCGAGAAAUGCAUUAGAACUGAGGCUCGUCAAGAAAAUAUCGAAAUCUUUUGGGAAUGGAUCAGAUUCGAAGAUGAUAAAGACACCUCUUGAGACAUUCACGCCUCGAGUCCCGACACAAACAGAAACAUUAUAGUUUGGAAUAUUUCUAGAGACUCUUAAAGCUUGAACUAAUUAGACGAUCGAUCUGCCAGCCCAAGAGAGAACUUGAAAUCUUCUAAGACUUUCCAAAAGCAUACUCGAGGAGUGCAUUAGACCUGAGGCUCAGGGAGGACCGCUCCAGAAUCGACGUGAUUCGGAGGCGAAGAGAUCUCUUUAGAUUCCCGCGCCUUGGGUGGAGUCUUAAUGCAAGUCGAAUCAUCGGGAUAUCGAAUCCACUGGAAAAAUUCAUUAGAUCUGCGAUGGAAGAUAGCCAAAGACUCGGAUUCGGGACGCUUGGUGUCUCGAGGAAGGAGAUUGGAAGGCUUCUGAAUCGUCCGAGGAAUCGUCACAGGGACGAUGGACGAAAAUUGAUCCCCGAUUUUCCAACUGAGAAGAAAAUUGGACGACCUGGGACAUUCUUUGAAAUUCAUAGAGAAGUGAGAUGCUUCCACGAUGGGGGACAUUAGAGAACUAGCUGCUGUGCUGAAGAGGGCGAUCAGCUUUCGUCCUUUUCCAUAGGAUACGUAACAUCAACCGGAGAAAUCGUACUCGGUAAUAUUCGCGCAGCCUGAUUGUACGCUUUUGGUCGCAACCGGACCGGUUGAAACCUUCCUAGAACUACUCGUCAACUCUGGUGCUCGUUCUUUCAACUUUCUUAAUUCUCCAUUACGCUAAGAAAACCUUCGAAGCGAGGUCGAUCGGACCGGUGUCCUUCGAUCCUCCGUUGCUAGUCACAUAGUCGAUAAGUAGGUGAUAAGGUGUAACAUAUUAAACGCGAUCGUAACGCUCUAGCGGGAGUGUAAACGCGUGUCUUAUUUCGUUAACCCUCUAUUGAAUGAAUCUUAUUAUCUGGAGGAAAAUUAAUCAUUUUAUGAUUAGGAUACUCGAGGCUUUUGGGACUCGACUUUUCGCGGUUGAUAGUGGAGAUAUUGACGCUUUUGAAUUAGGUAGCGUAUGUUAGAGAAACCGCGAGCGCAAAUACCAUUACACGCGACAGAGUAAUUGUAAUGGCAAUUAUUUAAUUACUUGGUCAAAGUAAUCAUUACUAGUAAUUGAGAAAUUACUUAAUGGCGAUUAAGAAUUUACAGCUCUGGUUUACAUGUACGAGAGAAGCAGCAAAUACUUCGAUCGACCGUCCGAUACCUGUUUACUCCGUAAAGGGGUUGCCAAUUAAUGGUUCUAGAAUCUGAUGAUGAUUAAUUUUGUUUGCAUGUCCACGAAUUAAUUAAUACUCAAACCUGGAAGGUUAUUAGAGGCGUAGGAAAAUGUCAUGUACAAAUCCCAGGUUGUCUUUACUGGCAAACAGAUAGGACACUCGAUUUGGGUACAUUGUACAAUAGAGGGUUAAAUCGUUAUAGCUGCACUCCAAUGUAAUUAAUGUAGUCGUGGAACGCAACGCGAUUUGCCUUCGAGUAAACUUCGCUGUUGGAGUUACGACACACCUUUAAUGUCAAUCUAGCGUGAUUACUACUGUGUUCUGUAAGUCUUAUUCGCCGAGGUGCUCAAUUUGUAUAAUAUCCACCAGAGGUAGGAUCCAAGAGCUCCUUAUUUCUAGAUCUUUCGUUGUGUACCCGAUACAAUUUUAUAGAAUUUCACGAUCUUUUCAAAUAACUUUAAAAUAGAAUAAGAUAACGUUACUUGAAAUAUAUUUCGAAUAAUAUCAUUUCGAAAGUCCCCAGGUCCAGAUACUAAUAGGCCCGUGGAUCAACCCUGAGUGUUCACUUGAUUUCGAUCAAAAUGUUCGAUCUACCAGUAGCGAGCAUGUCGCGAAACUCGAUACCUUUUCUUCUCUUGCUUUCACCAGAAACCAUUAAUUUAACCGUCAGAGAGCAUCUCAAUUUUCCAAUAUCACUCCUUCAAGGUAAACAAGCGCCACGGUGGAUAAGACGUCCCGAACACCUGUACGAUACGUACACACUCGUAUAAACAUAUUCAUGUACAUCCAAAGAUCUCCGAGGGAAUCUCUGGAUACGUACGAAUUUCAUUGGAGAAUUUUAUUUUCUUCGG